UUUUGUUCGUUUUAUCUAAUAUACCAUAGGUGGUGUUUUCUUAGGUACACAAGCGCAAUGCUAUUUAACCUAUCUUUUAACAAAAUAUCCUUCUUAUUUUAUAUCAAUAUUUUAUAUCAAUACUCUCUAUAAUCUCUAUGUUAUAAAAGAUUUUUGUAAUUAAAUUAUUUCGAUAAGAAAUGAGCGCGUCUUUUAAUAUAACUGCAGGGUUCAGGGAAGAUUGUAUAAUAUUAAUCGAUCGUUUCGAAAAAGUCGACGAUAUAAGGUUUAAAAGUUUUUCCGAAAUUUGGAAAGAUUUAAAAUUUAGUCUAAUCUUUAAAGACAAAGAACAUGUUGCAGAAUUAAUGGAGUUUUGCGAAGAAAUAUUACAUCUAACAAAACAGUAUUUGUUUUCCGGUACAUUUAAAGAACGUAUUUGUGGCUUAUACCUCUUGUAUGGAAUAUAUUUCAAAAUGCCAUGUUUUCAAUUUAAAAUUAGAAUUACAUUAACAGAGUGGCAGAUGAUUAUGGAAUUGCACAAUCAAAUAAGGGAAGGCGAACAUCAUGAUGCCAAUUAUAUAUUGAGCAAACUUAUCAUCAAUAAUGCUUUUAAACAUUGUCUUUUUGACCAAGAGAUUAGCUUUGAGAAAUGCUUUAGAAAAAGAUAUUAUUAUAACAAUAAUCCUUAUUCAGUUUUAUCAUCUAUUAAAAAUAUGGGCGAGAAAGAUCAAAUAUUUGAAAAGAUAAAUAAAUUAAGCAAAACGUAUCAUCAAAAGAAAUGUGAAGCAAUUGGCAGCAAUACUGAUAAUUGCAGUUUAAAUUUAUUUAAUUCCAACUUUGCUACAGAGAUUAUAAAUGAUAUUCAUACAUUUAAUAGAGGUAAGGGAUAUAUUAAGGAAAUGUGUACAAGUGCAUCGAAGAAAGAUAUUAAAGAAAUAGAAGGGUCUUUGCAAAGUGACAAGAAAAUAAAACGACUAGAUCUAGAUGACGCCUAUCUCUCUUCCUCAAGUGAUAUUGGAAGUAAUGUAUCACCAUUAAAUAUUAUCGAUAACAAUACUGAAAGUAUAAUGGAUGAAUUUGCCGAGUAAAUAUAAUAAAAUGAUCCGCAUACUUUUAACUGGUCAUUGUCAUCAAAUCCAGCACUGUGUCCUGCAUUGCGCACAAUAAAACUUGUUCCGUCGUAAUGCAUUCGGCGCUCUCCUCGACGCACAAAUAGAUGAGACGUUUGACCCAACGAUGCUGUGCAAUGUAGAAACGGAGUUGUUAGGGAUGCAGUUCCAUUGCUAGGUGAUGUUCGUAGCUGAUACUUGUUGCUAUUACGCGCAAUUCUGUUGAAAAUUAUAAUGAAUUUACUGCAGCGAAAUGCAUAAAUGUAAAAACACACCUGACAAGACCAUCCGGAGUCUGAGAAAUUCUGACAUUAUUGAUGAUCCAAUUUUCAACACCUUCAUCUGUCAUCCAAUAUUGAGCAGCUCCGAGAGCUGUGGCCGCUUCUUGCAGGCACGACGAUCCAUGUCGCGAGCCGGAGUAAAAAACACUCAACGAAAAGUCCUGAAAUAAUAUCAAAGUGAUGUACAAUUGACGUAAUUAAAAAUCGUUACUCAUUUAUAAAAUCGAUAAUCUAUUACUUGACUCAUGUCCGAAAACGAGUCAGUAGUUGUUCUAGUUCCCGCUGCAUCCACUAAAUAUACAAGAGCACAUUGUUCGCAGAAAUGACCAACUUAUUAUUCCCAUGCGUAUCGUGGGCCAGAAUUUCAACACGCGAUCCGUAUUGAUAUAUUCUUCCAUUUGGAUGUAAUAAUGCAGCGGCUGCUCCAGAACAGCUUAACGAAAGCACGAUAUUAUUCUGCACUGACAAAAUAUGUAUAUAACGCAUAUGCGUAUAACUAUUUUCUCUUUUUCGUUAUAAUUAAUCACGAUCGACCGUCAUGUCAACUCGAAUCCUAUUGCGGAGUCUCAGGGAAAUAGUACCGUGUGGCGUGGCGACAGCACCUCCUGCACUCGCAUCGGUCUCGUGUUCCCUCCAAUUUUCUGUAUAAAGACAGGCCUCUUCGGUCGUGUAAUACGGAGUGGCCAUUGUUUUAGGAGUUCUUGGCUGUCUCCAAAUCGCCCCUGAACUCGAAUAAGUGGUUGCACCAGUUAUACCACCGCUCCAUUGAUCCGCUGGUGGUGUUUCAAAGUACUUGGAAAAUUCAUUGUACCGCUGAAAGAGAAUUUGUUCUCGGAUGAUUAAAAAAGAGCAAACAUGAGAAUAUGAAUUACGUACUUGAAAAUUAGUGUCCUCGGUCUGUGCAUGAUAACUGUGCGCUGUAUAAAGUGAUCGUGGUCGCAUUGGCGUUACAGGUGCGCUUUGACUUUGAAUCGGUGCCGUGGAACAGGCCGCAGGUAAUAAAGUUGUUCCCUGUGGUCCUGCUGGUGCGACACAUUUCUGCAUAUCCUUACGGAAUUCGCCACAUGGAUUCGCCAUGACUUUUGCCUAUUAUUGUCGUCCUUAUUAUCGUCAUCAUCAUCAUCAUCAUUAUUAGAUUAUAAUAUUUGGUUGAGUUAUGGGGGGCGGAAUUAUGGGGGGGGGAGGAACAAGAA